UCAGCUUAUCAGGGAGAGAGUGCACGAGAGGUAGUUGUGCCAUCAGUUUUUAUUGGUCUCAAAGCCAGUUACGUUUCACAUCAGUACCCCUACAUGAUCUAUCUCUUGAGGUAAAAGUUAUCUUAUAUCAUAGAUUAAAUUUCUUCACCAAGAAAAAAGAAGAGAAAAACAAGUCUCGUACGUACCCUUUUCAUUGCGUUGACUCUCCUCCACUCUCUCCCUCCGUCUGAUCUGCUUUCCACUUAUUCAUGCACCAUGGAAAUGGCACAGGAAAUUCGGUUCUUCGAGUUGAACACGGGAGCUAAGAUCCCUUCUUUGGGACUGCGGACGGCGCAGGUCGACCCUAGCCUCGUCGGUGAAGCCGUGGCCACUGCCAUCAAGGUUGGAUACCGCCAUAUUGAUUGCACUCAACUCUAUGGCAAUGAAAGGAGGUAAAAUAUUUUCUGAAAACUUGGUAUUGGUCUCAUUCUGAAGAAACUAUUUGAAGAUGGUGCGGUGAAGCGUGAGGAUUUGUGGAUUACCUCUAAACUCUGGAGCAUUGAUCAUGCACCUGCAGAUGUUUCAGAGGCUUUGGAUACUACUUUGCGAAACUUGCAACUUGAUUAUCUUGACUUGUACCUUAUCCAUUUGCCAGUCCGGAUGAAGAAGGGGUCAAUAGGCAUUAAACCAGAAAACCUCAUUCAACCAGAUAUACCUAGCACGUGGAAAGCAAUGGAAGCGCUCUAUGUUUCUGGAAAGGCUCGAGCAAUUGGUGUCAGCAAUUUCUCUUCAAAGAAGCUUGGCCAUCUGUUGGAGGUAGCACGCGUGCCUCCUGCUGUAAACCAAGUGGAGUGCCACCCCUCAUGGCAGCAGCCAGGAUUACAUGCAUUUUGUAAAUCCAAGGGAGUUCACUUAUCUGGAUAUUCGCCAUUAGGCUCUCCUGGCACUACGUGGCUCAAGAGUGAUGUUCUUAAGAAUCCAAUUCUAGGUAUGGUUGCAGAGAGAGUAGGCAAAACUCCUGCACAAGUAUUCCUUCGUUGGGGCCUGCAAACGAGUCAUAGUGUGCUUCCAAAGAGUACUCAUGAAGGAAGGAUUAAGGACAACUCUGAUAUCUUCGACUGGUCUAUACCUAAAGUCUUGCUCGCCAAAUUGUCCGAAAUUGAGCAUGCAAGAUUGAUAACAGGGAACUUCGUCUUUGUCCAUGAGACUUUUGGUCCGUACAGGACUGUUGAGGAAUUAUGGGAUGGCGAAAUAUGAGCAGCGAGAUAACUGUUGGUUCAUUAGAAAAUGAGGGCAAAGUGUUGUCAUGCUCUAUAUUCUUUUUUUUUUUUUUUGUUUUGUGAUAUUUCGAGGGAAUU